AUGGCACGAUCCCAAGCCGCUGCUACUUCCACCGCAGAAACCCGCCCUCAAUCCACCAAAGCACGCGCAACAACCAAAGACGAGCAACACAAAGAAUGGGAAGUCAAAGAAAUUCUCGAAGUGAAAAAGAAAUGGAAGAGUCUAUACGUUCGAGCAUCUUGGGUUGGCUAUCGCGAAGAAGAUCCAGAAUGGUAUCCCAUCUCCGAUUUCAAGACCUCGCCAUAUUUGUUGAAGAAGUUCUACCGGGAGAAUCCUAAAGCGCUAGGUCCGCCUGCACAAUUGCCGGCUUGGGAAGAGGCCUUUGAGGCGGGAGAGGAGGAUUAUGAGCACUUGAAUAGUAAUAAGUCGAUGGAUCCGGUUUCGAAGUCGAGAUAUCUCAAGCAGAUUUCUUCGGUGGCUGAGUGA